UUUUGAAGUAAACUCCCCUCAUGUCUACCCUCUCAUUAUUGUUCCCUUCACAUCCUCAGGCGGAGAAAAGAAGAGAUCCGAUGGCUUUGAAAAGGAUCCAGAAGGAGCUACAGGACUUGCAACGGGAUCCACCCUCGCAGUGCUCAGCUGGACCACUUGGAGAAGACUUGUUUCACUGGCAAGCGACAAUAAUGGGCCCAGGUGAUAGUCCAUAUCAAGGAGGGGUUUUUUUCCUCACAAUCCAUUUCCCGACUGAUUAUCCCUUUAAACCACCAAAGGUUGCCUUCACAACAAAAAUCUACCACCCAAAUAUCAACAGUAACGGGAGCAUCUGUUUGGACAUUCUGCGCUCCCAAUGGUCACCUGCCCUCACGGUAUCCAAAGUUUUAUUAUCCAUAUGCUCACUACUUUGUGACCCAAAUCCAGAUGACCCUUUAGUUCCAGAUAUUGCACAUAUCUACAAAUCGGACAAAGAUAAGUAUAACAGACUGGCAAGGGAAUGGACUCAGAAGUAUGCAAUGUAACUGGAUGGCAAGAUUUUGAAAUGGUUGCACAUGGACACUAUUACUGCACACGGCUCUACAAUGCACCUGUACAGAGACAAGACGUUUACCAACAGAUGAACCUCCCCCACCACAAAACACACACAAACACACACACACAUACUUGUAUAUGUGGUUUACAUGAACUCUCCAUAGACAUAAUGGUAAACAUUCUGCAUUUUUGGAAUUUCAAAAAAACACCGUUUAGUAUGUUUUUUUAAGCCAUUUGGUUUACGAGGACACAGGAAGUGUCCUUAUAAACCAUGUUUACGUUGUAAUACCCAUGUUAUUAUACACAUUUUUGCCCUCAUAAACCAAGUAUACAAGAUAUAUAUAUAUAUAUAUAUAUAUAUAUAUAUAUAUAUAUAUAUAUAUAUAUACAUACAAUAUACACAAACACACAUACAUACGCACAGCUUUAUAGAAAAUCCUUGUUCAGGAGGUAACUUGUCUCUCUUCACAGAGGCAUCCUGGAAAAACACAAAGUCAGUUAACACAUAACAAAGAAAUAUUGUUUUAUUUUCAAAUGGAUUAGCUACAUUUUAGUAAUUUUAUUGUAUAGAAAUAAAUACAAUACUGGAUCAUUUUUAUUGUUUUUGCAUUAAAAGUGUUAUUAUAAAA